AUGCAUCAUGCUCUCACCCCCUUUGGGUGGUUGUAGCUGCACAGCAUAUGCUGUAUAUGUAAUUACCGGAGUUUUUCCUCGCCAAGGAAAUCACGCUUAUUUUCAACUACUAUGUCUAUUUGCUUCGCUUGUGGGGCCUCACCCUCUUCACAAUUUAUGUACAGCUAUUGUUGUUGAUUGCUGCCCUUUGUCCCCACUCACUUAAGCACCUCAUUCAUGGCUGCCCCAACCCUCUUCUCCUCUCUUUAUUCGCCUCCCCCUCCCUAAAAUAUUGUUUCUUCUCUCCAACUCUUCUUCCUGCUCAUACAUUCCCACUUUCUUUUAUUUUCUCAUUUUGGUUGGAGCUCAACGGAAGCCCGUAAUGUGGGGACCGCCGCUUCGAAGUUUGCACAUUUGUGCUUCAAUUCUGCUUCUGCCUCUUCUGUGUGAGCAUUUUUUUUAACUUCAAAAACUAUUUUUAGGUCUUUGUUUUUGUCUCGUUUGUUGAAUGAUCUGUUAAGUUUGAUGCCUUUCCUUAAUCUUGUCAAACUUUUGGGUUUCCAAGAAAGUAGUUGGGUUGGUUUGUAUCUGAAUGCGGUUUGAGGAGAUAUGUGUUUGCAAAAUUGAGUUUUUGGGGCAAGUUAAUUAGUGCUUUUGUCUUUGUGUUAUGGAUUCCUACAUUGGGUAUCUCAAUCAUUGAACUCUGCUGAAGUUUACUGGAAUGCUGCUCAGCUCCUUCAAUAUUGUAAUACUUCAAAAAAAAAAAAAAAGAAUCCUCCUCACGUGUGGCUGUUUCGUGUUUGAGAAUGCCACUGGAAUUUUUUUCAAGGAAAACUAUUAGGCUUUAUAAUUGGGGAUUCCGUGUUUUUUUCUCUUUUUACGCGUGAUUACGAACAUUCUCAUGAUAUGGUCCCUCUUUAGUCUCACGACUAAUUAUGGCAUUUAAUAUGUUAAUCAAGAAUUAGAUAAUAGUCAUAAGUUUUUCUUAUGGCUUCCCCACUUCUGUAUUCAUCACGAGGAAAAGAUUACCAGUGACCUCCAUUGGGGAAUUCCGGAGAAAUAGAAACUCAAUUCAUGUUCGACAAUUCAAGCUAAGCUAAUGAAUACAUUCAAAAGAUUUUGCUUGAAAGGUAUAUGUGAAUCAUCUGGCAACUUUUUGGAUUAUUCCAAAAGUUCUGCUCUGCAAGAAAGAAGGGCAGAUUUACUUUUACCUGAAACUUCCCCAACUUCUGCUCCUCAGCCAUUUCUUCCUCUUCUGGCUCCAUCUCCAUUAACACCAUUCACAAAUAGCACAAUCCCAAAAUUAUCUGGAUUUUGUGUGCUGAACUUUACGGCACUAUCAAACAUGAUGAUGGUGACAUCAACCGAUUGUAUGGCUGCAUUUGCACCAGUUUUGGCUAACGUAGUGUGCUGUCCUCAAGUGGAGGCUACAUUGGUGAUUCUCAUUGGCCAAUCUAGUAAAUAUACCAAUACACUAGCUUUAAAUGGAACACUUGCUGCACAUUGCCUUUCAGAUUUUCAACAGAUUUUGGUGGGUCAGGGAGCCAAUGAUAGUUUAUCUAAGAUAUGCUCCAUUCAUUCAUCAAAUCUUACUGGAGGUUCUUGCCCAGUUAGUGAUGUUUCUGAGUUUGAGAGCACUGUAGAAACAUCUAACCUUCUAGCUGCAUGUGGAAAGAUUGAUUCUGUGAAUGAAUGCUGUGAGCAAGUUUGUCAGAAUGCUAUUCUUGAUGCUGCUAGGAAGCUUGCCCAAAAAGCUUACAGUCUUCUAAGCCUAGAUGGUUCUCAUGUGCUGUCUGAUCAUACAACUAGGAUUAAUGACUGCAAAAGUAUUGUACUACGGUGGCUUGGAAGUAAACUCGAGCCUUCUCGUGCAAAGGAUGUUCUUCGAGGACUAUCUAAUUGCAGAAUUAACAAAGUAUGUCCUCUGAAUUUUCCGAACAUGAGCCAUGUGAUAGAAGGGUGUGGUGCUGUAAAAAGCAAUCAGACAGCUUGUUGCAGUUCAGUUGAGAGCUACGUCUCUCACCUGCAAAGGCAGAGCUUUGUCACAAACUUGCAAGCUUUAAAUUGUGCUGCCUCACUUGGAGUAAGAUUACGGAAAGCAAACAUUACCAAGAAUGUCUACAGCCAGUGUCAUAUUAGCCUCAAAGACUUCUCCCUCCAAGGUUAGUUUGGUCUCCUAGAAUCCGGAUGCCUUCUUCCCAGCUUGCCAUCAGAUGUCAUAUUUGACCAAUCUGCAGGGGUCAGCUUCGUCUGUGAUUUGAAUGAUAACAUUCCAGCUCCUUGGCCUGCAACCACACAGUUGCCUGCUUCAUCGUGCAACAAAACCAUCAAAAUUCCUGCCCUUCCUGCAGUGGCUUCUGGACAAAGUAAUUUUCAGCAAACGGGCUCGAACUAUAUACUGUCCUUGAUGGCCUCCGUUGGCCUCUUGAUUCUGAUGUAGAGCCUACUAGAACAAGUUGUGCCUUAAUAGAUGAGAAGCUAACUCUCUACACAUUUGAUCUGCUCAAGCUGAAUCAAUGGUGUCAAAGCGAAAAUGCUCAAACUGAAGCCAAGGAAGUGCACCUCCAGCUAUGUUCGGACGACCCUCAGUCGAAAAUUGACUCAGAGGUUUAAAUUUCUUACAGUUACCAUUUAUAUAUCUUGUGUGCUAGUCUAAUAAAUUCUAUUUGUAAAGAAGCUUCAAAAGGAUGACCAAGUUCUUGUUGAUUGCAAUGCCUACCGUGUAUAUUAGUUUGGAAUGAAUUUUGUUGCCUUA